AUGGGCAUUAAGGGUUUAUGGCGUUUAUUGGAACCAACAGCGGAACCAGUCACCCUAGAAUCUCUCGAAGGGAAAUGUCUUGCUGUCGGUUGGUAUAUUUUUUUUGCAGUUUUCUCACUUCUUUUCGUAGUUUUACCUCAACCUUUACAUUUGUCAAUAUGGGCUUAUCAAGCGGAAUAUGGUUAUAGCGGUCGUGAUGUCGAUUCGCGAAGUCCUCAUCUAUCGCUGCUUGUUAAUAGAUUGGCGAAAUUAUUGUUCUAUAAAAUUCGUCCUGUUUUUGUCUUCGAUGGUCCUAACGUUCCACAGUUUAAGCAAAAAAUUUUAAAUGAACGACAAAUAAAGCGUCAUAUUGAUGAUUUAACGCUAAGUAAAGCGCGAAAACGAUUUUUGAAGCAAAUUGUUCAUCGAGAAGUCUUAAGCACAGCUAAGCAGGAAGCAUCAAAUGCGGAGAAAGCUGAACAACAAAAUGAUCGAAAUUUACAAGAAACGAAUGAAUGUAAUCAUUCAGCUAAUUAUAACAAUGUUGAUGAUGUCUUCAAUUUGCCAAUGUGUUCAAAAAUUCCGCUUGAAAACGAAGCGGAAAAAUUUGAAAAAUGUCUCAAUCGUGAUGAACGUGUUGAUUAUCUUUUGGCUUUCCGGAAUCGAGCACGAGGAGGCUUAACAAUUGACGAGAUCCCAGAUGAUUCAAAAACUUUUUCGAAUUUUCAAAUUCAACGACUUUUACAAAGAAAUCAGAUCAAUGAGCAGCUGGAUGAGUUAAAACGAGAAGCUCUUGGUAUUUCUCUGGCAGAUAGUAAUACUGGUAAUGUAAAAUUAAUGGUAAUGGAAGGAUUACAGCGAGAACAUUUGAUCACGACGGAUGAUGAUGUGCAGGUUUUGAACAAAUAUUUUGGCAGUUGGUUGAUCGUGGAUGACUGCAAGUAUGAAAGGAAAAUGAAAGAGAAUGAUAUGCUUUAUUCACUUUCCUGGCCAAAUUUUCUCGAGAAAAACAAAAUAAGCGACACCGCAAAAAAGGCAUCAUUCAGUGGUGCUAAUAGAAAUAAAAUGAGAUGUAAAAAGUUGGCAAAUUCUGAUGAUGAUGAAGAUGAAGAUUUGAAAGAGGCCAUCGCACUCUCUUUGGAAGAAAAUAAGUGGUUUAAUUCGAAGAAAAUGCUCAAGUCCAAUGCAUAUUCGGAGUUUUUCUCAAAGGAAGAUGCAAUUAAUCGUAUGAGUCAAACAUUCUUCGAAAAUCAAAAAAUUCUCAGAAUGGUUGCUGCAUUUCGAUGGAAUUUAGUUUCAUUCAUUUCCAAUUUCAUUGCAAAACUACUCACUUUUGUCCAGGAUUGGAUUCCACAGUAUGUAAAAAUGUUUUCUAAACCUAUAACCACUGCUAAUAAUUUGAUUAUGAAAAGCAACGUUGAAAAUCUCAACUUCCAGCGAGGUCCUAAAAAAUCUGAAAAAACAGCUCAAAAGCAUAUGAUGCAUGUAUGCAAAAAUAUGGUGUAUUUAGCAGAAUCAGAAUGGUUUCAGGAACUGCUUCGGAUUUGUGGAAUACCUUUCAUCGUAGCUCCUGGCGAAGCUGAAGCUCAGUGUUGCGAGUUGGAGCGAUUAGGACUCGUUCAAGGCAUAAUUUCUGAUGAUUCUGAUGUUUGGCUAUUUGGAGCUGUUACGGUUUAUAAGAAUAUGUUUAAUCAGAAGAGGAGGCUUCAGUUAUUUACAAGUAAAAAUAUAUCCAAGCAAUUAGGCUUAAGUAAGUGGGAAAUGAUUGCAAUUGGUAUGCUCUCUGGUGGCGAUUAUACAAAGGGAUUAACAAAUAUUGGAAUUGUCACAGCACUGGAAUUGAUAGCGGAGUUUUCACAGUUUGGGAACAAGGCAGCAGAUGAAAAAUAUGUAAACUUUUUGUCGUUCACGUAUUAUAUUAAAGCAUUUAAUUUAUUAAAACGGAUUUCGGACUGGAUAAUUAAUGAAAAUGUUGAUAAAGAUAUGAUGGAGCAUGCAGAUGGUGGAAAAUUUUUUAAUUCAAACAGAAAAGAAAAAAAAGGAUUUGAAAACGCAUUUAGGAAAAAAUUAAGACGAUUAGUGGAAGCAAAUAAUGAGAAAGCAGAUCUUCAGAAAUUUCCAUCUUUUGAAAUAUUCAGUGCGUACGUGCAUCCUUCUGUCGAUAGUUCGCUAGAAAAAUUUGUUUGGAGGGUAGUUAAUAUUCGCGAUCUGGAAAUAUAUGUGUGGUCAAAACUCGGAUGGGACUCGAAUAAAUUUAAAAAUCGUACACAAAAUUGCUUUGAAAAAUGGAACGAAUAUUUGAAUCCAUUAGUUGGAGGAGCUGGUCGGUCAUAUCAAAUGCAUAUUUCUGCCUUCACUCAUAAACUUUAUAAAUCAGAAGCUGAUCAGUGUAUGAAUCUCACAAGCAGAGCCCGUAAUGCAUUAAAACGUUUGGCUGAUAUUAAAAAUAUUCAAUUAUGUCCUUCAUCAGUUUUGUUGAGUGAUCAAUCGAAUUCUGGCAAAAAUCAAGAGAAUGACUGGGAAGAUGAACAGAUCGGUGAUGAAAAAUUAAAUGCGCUUACGGAAACAAAAAACUUGAUUACAAACACGGCCGAAUCUUCGUCUAUCUGCCAAAUUACCAAUGGCUGUUCAGCGAUAAAACCUCAAAUUUUGAAGGAAAAGAAGCAAAAACAACCUUUGAAAAGAGGCAAAAGCCGUGAGAUGAAACGUAAACUAAACCUGAAAAAACAAAAACCGCCUAAAAUUGCUCAAACUGUUGAAUUGAAACUUUCCGAAGAUAGUUCAUCCGAUCCGGAUUAA